AUUACAAAUGGAGGUGUUUACGUGAAAAUGUAAAUUUUUGGUUAUUUUUGUUUUAAUUUUUCUGAAAUGUUUGGUUGUUAGCGUGAUAAAACUGAGAAUUGGCAUCACUUUAGUGAAACUACGUUCAAGUAAUUUGAUUUGCAAUACUAAGAAGAUUUGUGUGUAAUAAAUGGCAAGAUAUUUAAGUGUGGCAUAAAAUGUAAUCGUAAAUCUAUUGAUUGAUGAAUCAUCGAAGACGAGAUUAUGAACUAAAAUAAUUCCCGUUGUGAAAGCUAACAAUUACUUGUGUAACUCAAGAAACCACUGUAAUUCGUGUCAAGUGUACGGUUUCCUCUGUUACACAACUUGUCUUACAGUAUUCAUAGCAUGAGCUUACUUGAACUUCUAUUUACUUUGUUUUCAAUGUUAUGAAUAAUACAAAUACCAACUUUAUGUGAAAUAAAAUUUUCUAAUUUCUAAUUUUUGCUAACUAGUACUUUGUUAUGACAUCAUUCUAUGAAUACUGUAUAAUGAAUGUAAUUUAAAUUUUUCUUAAUAUCUACAUGUUUACCAGGAUAAACAUGUUUAUAUUAAGACUGGGAAGCAUAUGCUGAUCUACUACUAUUAUUACAAAAUUGUAUAAUUAUUCUGUAUUUGAACUAAUUAGCACAAUUUUUUCUAGCUAGCACAUAGAAAUUAUGAUUUGAAGUCCAUUACAAUAGUAUUAUCAUGGACGGAAGUGUUAAGUGACACUGAUCACUGGACUUGAUAACUGGACAAUGUAAUAUGAUGGAGGCAUGUAUGAGAUGAGAGGUCACCAAUCAACAUGAAAAGUAACGACUGAGUAAUGUUGGACCUGAUGAUAGUGGCAGGGUGGAAAUAUAAGUGGUGCUGUUCUUACAGAAUUUAUUAGUGCUAAUCCAAUCAACAAACAGCAGUUAAAAUGACAGAUGCAUACACCAGAUAUUCACAGAGCAAAUCAUUAAAAUAUCAAAAAGAAAGAGACAUUGUGAUGAAGUCAAAGUCUAGGAGGUCUAAAUAUUCAGAUCAAAAAUAUCAUCAUGUAGAGUCAAAAACACCUCCAUUGCCUGCCAAAAGUACCUCAUCAUUGGAAGAAUUGUUAAAAAAAAGGGAAUCUCUUAAACAAGAACUAAAAAAAAUUGUAAAAGAUCCUGACACUGCACCUAACAUUGAUUACAACAAAAAACGUAGGCAUUCCAAAGAAGACUAUGCUUAUGAAAUUAUGAUUAGUAAAAAACGACAAGUUCAUAAUGAAACCCGAUCUAAUAAAAUUUCCAAGACAAGAAAAUCUAAUCAUGAAUCUUCACCAGAACUAGAACAUAUACAACCUGAGUCAGAAGAUGAAGAGACUAUAAUACAACAAAGAAGACAACAACGUAAACAACUCUUAGAAAAAUUUAAUGUUUUAAAUGAAAAAAGCAAUGAAAGUACUGAAGAUGACAACAAGGCUAGCAACAGUGAAGCUGAAAACACCACAGAUAUUAAGAACACUCAAGACAAUCAAAUUAUUUCAAAACAAGUGACGGACAUGUUCUCAGAGAAAGAUGAAUUUGAGUCUAAUGGUGCAACAAAAAAUGCAACACAUAAUGAAGAUGAGACUAAUUUAAAUUUAACCGAUAAUUGGGAUGAUGCUGACGGAUACUUCAAUAUACGUAUAGGAGAUACAAUUAACAAUAGAUAUACCAUUAAAAGCAUUUUAGGCCAAGGAGUAUUUGCAAAUGUGGUUCGAGCUCAAGAUAACAUGGAAGGAAAUGACUAUGUAGCAAUUAAAAUCGUCAGAAACAAUGACCUUAUGUAUAAAACAAGUUUGAAAGAAAUAGAAAUUCUAAAACAAAUACGAGAAGCAGACCCUGACAACAAAUACCACUGUGUUCAGUUCCUUGGACAUUUUAUGCAUAAAAACCAUCUUUGUCUUUUACUAGAGUCUCUACACAUGGACUUAAGAGGAGUCAUAAAGAAAUAUGGGAAACACCAUGGCAUCAAUAUGAAAGCUUUAAUGAGCUACAGCAGACAAUUACUGCUAGCUUUAAGACUUCUCAAGAAACUUGGUAUUAUUCAUGCAGACAUAAAACCAGACAACAUCUUAGUAAAUGAAAAGAAAAAUUUAUUAAAGCUGUGUGACUUUGGUUCAGCUGGCAAAUCUGAUGACAAUGAACCCACCCCCUAUUUAGUUUCAAGGUUUUACAGAGCACCUGAAAUUAUUUUAGGUGUGCCAUACAAACAUGGAGUGGAUGUCUGGUCAGCAGCUUGUACCAUAUAUGAAAUGGCAACAGGAAAAAUUUUAUUCACAGGAAGCUCAAAUAAUAAAAUGUUAAAAUGCUUCAUGGACUUGAAAGGAAGAUUUUCUAGCAAACUUGUAAAGCGAGGAAAAUUCAAAGAUCAACAUUUCAAUUACAAUAAUAAUUUUCUUCUUCAUAAAAAAGAUGAAUUCACUGGCAGAGAAAAAGUUGUUGAAAUGAGUAAUAUCAGCAUCAGCAGAGAUUUACUGCAAGAACUGAAAAAAUGUAACAAGAGUAUAUAUAUGAAUGAAGAAAGGAAAAUAACACAGCUCAAAGAUUUACUGGAUAAGAUGACAAUGUUAGAUUCUAGUCAAAGAGCACAGGUAAAUGAUUGCUUGAAGCAUCCUUUCAUUUUAGAAGAACUGGAUAAAUGUUAAAUUGUUUAUUUUGUUACAAUAAGCUAAAAGGUUUAAAUAAAACAUUUUUUCAAUAAAAGUAUU